AGUUGAGAAGAAUUUAGAGAUCAAAAAAUAGAGAACAUGGCCUCAGCUGCAUUAAAAGUUCUAUCAAGAGCUUCCAAGAAACUCAUUAAACCUUCUUCUCCAACACCUUUAACUAAAAAAUGGCACAAAUUUUCUCUCAUUGAACAAGCCCAAACACAUACUUAUGUACCCUUUGGUUUUUUCUACUCCAAUAAUCAAUUAGGUGCACUUUCUAAUCAACCUGCCCAAAUAUCAAAACUUCUUGAAAACUCCCUCUCCAAAAAUUUAGUCUCCUAUUAUCCAUAUGCAGGACACAUGAAAGAUAACGCCACGAUCGAUUGUAAUGACAAGGGUGUUGAGUUCUUGAAUGUCCAUAUUGAUGCACCCAUGUCUGAAAUUCUCAAUCACCAAAAUUGUAAUGUCAAAGAUUUGAUUUUUCCUAAUGGUGUAGCUUGGGAAAAUGAUUCUGACUAUGGUCUGGCUGUGAUUCAAUUGACACAUUUCGAUUGUGGAGGAAUCGCGAUUAGUACAUGUUCGUCACAUAAAAUUGGAGAUGCAUGUAAUGGGUUGCAAUUUUCAAUUGAUUGGGCAACAUUAACUCGUGAUCCAAAUGCAAAAACAAUUCCUCCUUAUUACAUAAGUGACACUAUUUUUCCAUCACCACCAAAUGGUCCUCUUGAAUCCCCUGUAGUUCCAUCAAUAUUAGAUGGAUGUACACAAAAGAGGUAUGUUUUUUCCUCCAAAAAAGUAAGUGCACUUAGGUCAUUUGUUGCUAGUGAAUCACAAGUUAAAAAUCCUACAACUACUGAAGUCCUUAGUGCACUUCUUUUCAAAUGUGUUGCUAAAGCAGUGACCGUGAACUCGGGUUCUUUUAUCCCUUCUAAAUUAAUCCAGUAUGCAGAUUUACGUGAAAUGAUUUCACCAAAGUUACCACCUAACUCGGUUGGAAAUGUUCUGUCUCAUUUCUCUACACAUAUUUCCAAUGAGGCAGACAUGAACUUACCACAAAUAGUCAGUCUCAUGAGGAAAGAAAAACAACUAUUUAGGACCAAGGAUAACAUCAAAGAAAAUGCAUGGGCAUUGGAAAUUCUUGAAUUAGCUAAAGGAUUGCCACCACAGAAGAAGGAAUUUGAUGAGUACACUUGUAGCAGUGUGUGUAAAUUUCCGUUCUAUGAUGUCGAUUUUGGUUGGGGUAAACCAAUGGCUACGACCAUAGCUACUGGUCCGUACAAUAAAUUGUUCAAUUUGAUGAACUAUAGAGACGAUGGCAUCGAAGCGUUUGUCAUGUUGGAUGAACUAGACAUGUCAGUAUUUGAGCGUGAUGAAGAGUUUCUUGAAUUUGCUUCUCCAUACGCAAAUUAUUUUUAGAAAUUAAGGUUUAUGUUGUGGAUCAUGGGUGUUGAAUAAUAAGUGAAUUUGUAGCUUCUGUAAA